AUGUGGAGCGAUAUAACAAUUGGUUACAGCACCGCUGAUGAGACGAUUAAUUUUGGUACUCGAGCUGUAGUAAUCGGCGAUAGCAGAAUAUUUGAAACAACUACUUUGGCAACAAUAAAAAAAAAAUGCAAUACAAAAUAUGAAACCAAAGAAGAACUUAAGAUCAUUGCUUUAUGUAGACCAGAUUUAAUGUACAUUUCUUCAGGUCAAUCAUUCGCCUCAUUCAAUACCGAUGUUACAAACAUAAUUCAGACAUUUGAAUUCCCUAAUCAAAUAGUAGACGUUAAAAUCUCAAAUGAUGGAUGUUAUCUAAUAGUGUUAUUAUAUGAUUGGACAAUAUAUUGUUGUUCAUUCAAUAAUCCUCAAAUUUUAUUUGUCAAGUAUGAAUAUAUCUUUUCUUACUAUAAAUGUUUUAAAAACUAAACUAUUAAAUAAGUGUAUUUUCUAUAUUGUAUACAAUUGAAAUAUAAAGAUUUAAAAUCAAUAAUGGGCUAAGUGCCAUUGUAAUUCACGUUAUAAUCACACCAGUGGCUCCCGCACAAGGUUCUCACAUCAUUUGACUGGGCCUUGUAGUGUUACUUUUGUGGGUGUUGUACAUAGCACUCUUUAUUGGGGAUGGCACAUAGCUCAGAUUUUCGGAACUAACUCAAUUUUUUUUUGAGACAGCUUGUUGAUUUCCAGUCUAUAUAUGAAAAUUAAAAAAUAUUUUGUUUAAUAUUUGUAAACUAAAGGCUAAAAUACAAAUACAUAUUGUUUAUUUUUAAAUGAUAUUUAUAAUAUUAUACUCUCAAAUUUAUAAAUUAUUCUAUUAUAUGAUGUACAUUAAUGAUUAAUGGAGGAUUUUUUAAAUAAAUUAACAAUAACAAUCAUUGACAUUUGAAGUAAUAUAAAAUUCAAAGUAUUUUGUACAAUUAUUAAAAAUAUAUAGUAGAUACUUAAAAAAUAUACUUUGCAGUCAAUACUAGUUGCUUCCAUUUUUUCCUGUUAUGUACAAGAUUUAAAUCUUCAUUCCACUCUGGUCUCAGGUCCAUUAUGUCUCUUCUAACUACAUUCAGUGACGUUUGCUUUGCCCGGUCAUGAGGUCUUUUUUUAUUCAUGUUGUUCACAAGUAUUGUUUUUGCUAUACUAUUUUCAAUCUUCCAUAAACUUAAAAAUAUUUAAUUAAAAUUGAAAGAUCUAUGAUAUAAGUUUACAGUAAAAUUGUUUUUAUUCUAGGAAAGUAUUAAAAAAUCCACGUUGUAUGCCUUCUGAAAUGGAAGUACCUGUAGGUAUCUUUUUUUCCAAUAAAGAAAACUGUUUCCAUAUUACAGUUGUUACAUCAUCUGGAUUUAUUAACAAGUUAGUUGUACAUACUUUUUAAAGAAUUUAUUUUGAGUUUUAAUAAUUAAUGUAUUCAUAUAUUUAUUAAAUUACAUUAUUUUAAUUGUUUCAAGAUUUAUUUGUAAUGAUAUCAUGGAAUUAACAAACCAUGGUAAUGAUUUGAAAUCUUUAGAAGACCUUAUUACUUUAAAUACCUAUGAUAUUCAUGAAAAUGUAAGUUAUGGUAAUUAAUUUUUUGAAUGAUAUUAAAUUAAUUUUACUUUGUUCUUUCAGGUAAAAGCAGUUUGUGGAAUGGUUGAUGAUAUUUUAAUCGCUGGUGACAGCAUUUGUCUAUAUGAAGGAGAAAAUAUGAGGUCUAAAGAAUUUCUUUUUCCGGACAACUGUAAAGUAAAAAAACUUGUAUUUACCCAUGAUAAAAGGUAAUUAUUAUCAUUUUUUGUUUAUGAUUGAUUAAUAAUUUUUAGAUUUCGAGCGUAGCGAGGGGGCUAUUGGUUUUACAAUGCUAUUUAUUUUUUCUUCUUUUUUUUUCUAGUCUGUGGAAAUGUUUUUUCCUAGUAAACUUGCUCUGAGUUUUUCAUGUAGAAUUUUUUCUGAAAGCUCAAAUUGUCUAGAUUGUACUUUUAAGAGGUCAUUUUUUGAUAAUCGAUGCCAUUUUAAAAAAAAUCACUUAAGUGAAAAAAAAACGUAGGAAAAUGUACAAUUUCAUGAUUUCAUUAUUUUAUAAAGACAUGGAUGACGUUUUUAUACCAGAAAAAAUUAUUUAAUCAAAAAAUCACAAGAAACCACUUUUGUUACCUUUUUGAUUUAAUUUCUUACGUUAUUAUUAAUAAAACUGUUAAGUCACUUUUGAGCUUUUAAGGAAUUUUAAUUUUUGGAAGUUUUUUGCUGUAAUUCUGUUAUAAAUACAUGUAGAGACUUGAAAAUUGAUAAUAAUACUUAUAUUAGACUUACCUAGAUGUGGUAAAAUUUCCAAAAUGAUGGACAACUUUUUUUUUUUUAAUAAAUACUUCAAAUUAUUUAUUACCAAACUGCAUUCGGAAUCGUCUUUGGUUGCAUUGGUUGUUUACAGAUAUAAAUGAAAUAACCUUAUGUAACCUAUCUUCCCAACUUCACACCUACAACAGUGAAUGCACCUGUCCCCAGUAUCAGCUCUUUUGUUUUUAGUCUUGGAUAUAAUUAAAAACACUAUUUUAUUCAAAUUUGUUUUUUAAUAGUAGCUCAGACCAUUUUAAAAUGACCCCGAUCUUACUACACUUUGAUUAAAAUCCAAUUUAUACUAUUUUUUUUUUCUAUACUAUAAUUACUAUAUAUUAAUAAUUUCUUAUGUAACCUCAUAAUUCUAUUGGUUAUUUUAAAAGUUAUUAACUUAAUAUCCUAUAUUAAAUAUUUUUUUUAGUUUUAUCAUCUGUCUCACUGAUUCAAAAACUGUAUUAUUAAUAUGUGCAUUUACAUUCAUACCAGUGAAAGAAUGGAAUGAAGUACCAAUUUCUGAUUUUACAAUUAUGCAAGAAAUGGAUACUAUGAGUAUUGUUUUGUUAACCGACGAAAAACAGCCUUCAUUACUGCUAGUUUCAAUGCCAGGUAUUUAAAAGUCUGUAUUAAAUAUAUAAUUAUAUAGAUUAAUAUUUUUUUUAGGUUCUGCUCUCAUAAUGAUGAGUAUUUUUUUUUUUGUUUUGGAAAAAAAAUUUAUUUUGGGUUCUAAUAAUUGUAUACUUUUUGAACUAAACUAUACAUAUAUUCUUUUUGUACAUUAAACUUUAUUGUUUAUAUGUAUAUUGUAUAUUAUGUACUAUAGUUAUUUUAUUCAUAAUAAAAUGCUGCGACCAUAAUAGUUGCAAACAAAUGAUGAUUUUCAAAGUUGCUAUAAAUAUAUUUAUCUUUAUUAAAGUCUCGUAGAAAUCUAGCUAUUGAUGUUACACCUUGACCCUUUUUCUCUCCAAUUUCAACAAUACAAACAAUUUUAUAUCUGCAAUAAAAAUUAAUAUUAAUUUGCCAGAUUUCACAAAAUGGAUUUUUAGUUUGUAAAAAAGUUCAUAACUAAUAUUUACUAAGAAUAAAUAGAUAUUGUGUUAUAUGUACUACAUGAAUAAAUCAGUUUUAUACUUUGUUUUACGUGACUUAUAUUUUAUUGAAUAAACAAGUUACAUUUAGGUGCCAUAGUAACAAUAAAUAAUAAUAAUUAUAACAAAACAUUAUUUUUUAAAUUAAUUUAAAAAUAUAAAUUUAAGUAACAAUUUUACCUUUCAAAAUCCAUGUCACAAAUAUUAUCUCUGAUACUAAACGACAUAGUUGCAGAGAUUUUUUCUGCUUCAUUUGGAUCAUAUCUAGUUUCAUUGUUCAAAUGUUUUUCAAUUUCAUUUUUUAUUACACUCAUAACCUUGUUUUCGUUGAAUGGAUUUUUUGAUUCCAAUCUAUAUGUAUUUUGAUAUUUUAUGAGUUUAUCUUGGGAAACUAUUUCAUUUUCAGUUUUAUUAGUUAAAACAUCAUACACAUCUUUUAAUAAUGUGUCCAUGUUCUUUUAUUAAAAUAUUCACACUGAGUUGUUAUUGAUUUUAUAUGUAGUGACUUUACUAAGUCUAAAAGUUUAAUACCUAAUACCAGAUAAGAAUUAUAGCAAUAAUGAUUUCUUAUCUACAUUUAAAAAAUAACUAGUCUGUAGGGGUGUUUUGUAAAUUGUUACUAUGCAUUUCAUACAGAAUAGUGUUAGUGAGUUGGUCACUAUUGUAGGGGGGAAGUCGGGAAGAUAGGAUAUAAUACAAGGUAAUUAGGUAUAAUUAAUUUAGUUUGUAUACUUUAUGCUAUGAUAAACCAUUGCAAAGGAAAAAUCACUUGGUUGCUUGACUGCCCUCCACCACUCAUCAGCUAUUUGCUACUCAAUGACCAUCUACCACACCAAUUGUUCGUUUUUGUUAUUUUUCACUAAAUUAUAAUUUACAACUUUCUAAAAAACAAAAUAGAAAUCCAUUAUUGUGUGAAUGUUAACAUGUUUUUUAUAAUUUUUUCCAUUAUUAAGAAAUCACAAAGGAAAAUCAAAAAUUGACGUCUUCUUGCAUUAUUCAGACAAAUUUGCUACUAAAAUGAAACCUGAAGUUAAUAAUUUUACUUUUAAGAUUUCUGGUUGAAAAUUUGUUUUUAGAUAGAAGAAAAAGCAGUGGCAUUCAUUCAAGGUGUGUAAGUUGUGUGUUAACGAAUUAACGUAAAUAAAAUAUGUAGGUGUGUUCAAAUUUUAUUAUAAAUAGAAAUAGUCAUUAAAAUAUAUUCUGACGCUUCGCUGUGUGUAAGAUUAUACAUUUCAAUAAGAAUAUGCGACUUGUUUAAAGAAUACAAUCCCAAGAUCCUGAUCCUUUUUUGAUCCUGGAUCCUGGAUUUUUGGGAUUAAGUAUUAAUAUAGUUAGAACAUAUUAACAUAGAUAAAACAAUAUAUAAUAACUAUGAAUACAUAUAUUUUAUAUAAUAGAAUAUUUUGUGAAUAUCAGUGAAUGUAUGGUUUUACCCGUUUAUCUAUUAGAAACAUUAGGUGGUCCGAUAUUUCUCAGAGUUUACUUUCAAAAUAUUCCUUUCCAUUAAAACAUUUUUUUUUUGUAUUAAAUAAUAUUGAAUUGUUAAUAUUGUAUUAAAUAUAUAUAUAUAUAUAUAUAUAUAUAUAUAUAUUUGUAUUAUAAUAAAAAGAAAAUUUAUUUUCAAAAUGUAUGUAUCAUUUUUUUUUUAAAUCUUUUUUAUGUUUUUAUCAAUUUGAAAUGUAAUUCCAAGAUUAUCACGGGAUUGGUUCCGAAAAAUCCUGGGAUUGUAUUUUCUAAAUGAGUAAAAUAAGCGACAUAAUACAUAGUUGUUGCAUUGCAAGACUUUGUUUUUGUUUUUAAUCACUAUCUGCUAUUGGUAUUUGGUUUUGAUAAAACAUUUUCAAUUUUCAGUUUGGACUUGGCAGUGGCAUGCGCUAUUGACCUAUUAUUUUUAAUCUAUAUUAUAAUUAAAUACUAAAUAAUAAUUUGAUAUAUUUUUAUUUAUUUUCAUAUGUAUAAUAUACAUAGAAUUCAUUUUAUUUGUAUGACUUUUAUAAAUAAUUUUUUUUAUACUGCAAUUAAAAUAUAAUACAUAUGUUUAUUAUUUUUUCUAAUAUUUUAAGAUACUCAUUAUAAUAAUACCUUCAAAUUGUAUAACUAAAAUAUUUGACAGUAUUUAUUAUUCAAAUAAUAUAUUUAUUAUCAAUAAAUAAAAUAUAAUUUUUUUAAAAAAAAAUGUUUAACGUCCAAUUUAAAAAAACUAAUGUAUUACUAGUUUUAUAUACAGGUGUUGUUGUUAUUACUUUUCAAUGAUUAAAAUUGAUAAAAUAUUUAUAAAUUGUUAUUUUGAUUGGAUUUUCCAGUAUUUUAUAAUUUUUUAUUAAAUAUUAUACAUUUUUUUCAAAAAUUAUUUCUGCUUGUUGAAGUAUAUUUUGAUGAAAUUAUACAACUUAAAAACAUAAAAUUAUAUUUUCAUUUUAAAUGCAUAAAAAUCUAGUUUCUACUUAUAAAUAAUAAGGUUAUACAUACAUGCUAUUAAAAUUAAAAAAAAAAAACAUAAAUUUCAAUUAACUGGCUACUGAAUUACACAGUUUACACAAUAAUCAAAAUAUUUAGUUAGGUGUAUAAAAUAAUUUUCUUGACCACAAUUUAAUAAAGAUUAGAUUUUGAAAAACUAUAAUUUUCUACAUUAUUAGUUUAAAAUUAUUUAUUAAUUUCUGUUUUUAUUUUUUUUUAUUUUAGAUUUUAUUGUAACGUUAAAAUAUCCAACAUCACCAUUGACCUAUCUCAUUGAUUAUCCAAGCACAUCUGAUGGCCUAUUAUAUCUAGAAGCUCACGGUGAUGAAGAUAUAAAUACAUUUCAUAUUAAAAUUAUAUCUGAAGUUCAACCUGACUUGCGUUUAGCUCGAAUGUUAAGACGAGGCAAAUAUGAUGAAGCAAGAAAUUUUGCAGCUGUUUUCAAUCUUGAUCCACAAAUGGUGUAUAAGGAACAAGUAAAAGGACUUAUGGGCAAGUUAGAUAUAUGGCAACCUGGAACUAAAGGAAUUGAAGAAAUAUUUGAUGAAAUGAUUAAUUACUUAGAUAAAAUUAAAGUAAAUCACUUAAAACAAAUAUUCAAAAAAAAAAAAAAUAAUAAUCUUUUAUUAAAAAAUACUUUUUUUUUAAUUUUAGGAUUAUAUGUUUGUUGGUAAUUGUGCUCUCAAUACAAUUGUUCCUAAUUUUACACUAUAUAGGAAAUUGUUAAGAUAUGCACUUUUGAGAGUUAAGUCUUCACCACAAACACUACAAGACAAAUCAAUUUUCUUACUUGAUCAAUUGCAAUCUACACUUCAUAAAUUUGAUACAUUUUGUCUUUUGUAUGAUGAUUCUGAUAGCAUAACAACUUGGUCUAUUGAAAAUACAGAACUAUGGCUUCGAUUUUAUAAACAAAACGAAAAUCUUAUAUGUUUGGAUCUCAUACAAAAAGUAUAUAUUACAAUUCAGUAAUUUUAGUUUAUAUUUAAUUAUUUAAAAUUGUGUAUGAUGUAGCUAUUCAAUGUUGAAGCUAGAAAAAUUGUUUAAAUUUACUAGACAUAACAUUUUAUCAAAAUAACCAAGUUUAAUUAUAUAAUUUUAUAUUUUUAUUUUUUCUAAUAGAAUAAGUUAAAUGACGCACUAAUUGUUUGGAGUCGCCAUAUUGCUGACAUUAAAAAGUGUAUUAAUGAAGAUUUUAUAAUUGAAUAUUUUUCAAGUAUACCAUUCUCUGUGGAUAUUGAUGAAUUGAAAUUAUGGACUAUGAGUUUUGCUUCAACAACACUAUUUAUGUUUUAUGAUGAAACUGUGGAUUCUAUGGUUUCUUAUGUUGAUAGUAAAAUUAGGUAUGUGUAAAAUGUAUUAUUUAUACAUAUUGCAAUUAAAUUUUAUUCUGAAAUUCAUAAUUUAUUGUUUUUUAUUUAGAUGGAAUGAGUUAUACUUUGAAUUAGAAUGGAUCAAUCCUAGUUUAGAAAUUUGUCGUUAUUUUUUGAAUAUCAUCAAUCAAAUUGUUGCAUCUCCUCUUUGUUUAAGUAUUUCAAGACCACCAGCAUCUCAAGAGAAAUUAAUAUUAUUAAUCAAAUACUUAACUGAAUUGAAAGAAUUAAAUGAUAAUUUUGGUAUUAAAAUUUCUCUGGAUGAUUAUGCGCUAUCUCACGAGGACAACAAUUAUUUGGAAUUAUCAUUCUUAAUGUUAGAUCAAAUACAGUUGAAUCAAUUUCCAAGUUUUAUUUCAAUGUUUUGGUCAACCUUUACCCUUCAGCGAUUCCUAAAUUCUGAUGAUAUUUUAUCUGCAUAUAUAAAAGUAAAAAAUAUAUUUGAAUUUGUUUGUAUUAUUUUGUAUUAAAUAAUAAUUAUUUUUCUAUUUAUAUUUUAGAAUGUAGUAAGUCAAGUUGAUUGUUGGUGGUCAUGGGAAGAAAAAGCAAUUUUGUUACUUAAUUUCAUAUCCAAUAAAGAAGUAAUAUUUUUACCGAAAACAAAUACAUUAUACAUAAGUAUUUAAAAUAUUUUUUUUAGAUCAAAUCAGAUUCAGUUUUAAGCAUUUUAAAAGCUGCUAGUAUACCGUGGUCAGAACAUAUGAUCAAACUUUGUGAUGAAACACUGCAAACCGAUUUAAACACAACAACUCUUAAAGAUAUAGAAGAAGUGAAGAGUUUACUUACCAGUAAAUUGAUAUUAAAAAGUUAUAAUCUUUCAUUUACAAAUAUUACACCAAGUAUAGUAUGUAUAUUGAUAAUAUAUUCAAAUGAUAAAUAAAAUAUAAAUGUUAAUUAUAAUUAAUUAAUUUCAGAUAAUUAUUGCAGUUCAAAAUAUUUGUGCUCAAAAUCGGUCAUCUGUAUUAGAAGACCUAGUUAAAUUAAUUAGUACACAGUCUGAAGCUGUUCAACAAGAAGCAUAUGAAAUUUAUCUUCAGCGUUUGAUUGAAUUUGGGUACUAAUUUUAUUUUAUUUCAUUCAAUUCAAUUCAAAUUUUUGUUGUUUGUUUAGCCUUACAGAUAAAGCAAUUGAAUCACUAACAAAUUCUCAGAUAAUUCCUAGUUCAAUGGUACAGAGAAUAUGUACAACAAUUUGGAUUACAUAUAAUAGUUUGAGAAAUCAACCUCUUUUUAUUGAAGAAGCAUCCAAUUAUUUUAUAAUAUUAAAAUGUUUAGCGAAAAGUCUUACCAUUGAUAUUCGACCAGAGUGUCAACGUACUACAAAUAUUCUAAUUAAUAUUUAUUACUUAAAGGUUUGUUAUACUAUAAAUUUGACAUUCUCCAAUUUAUAUUAUUGUAUUGUUUUUGUAGAAUGAAUUUCAAAUUGAAUGUGCUUUGUCUGAAUACAAUUAUGAAGAAAAACUCUUAAUCAAAUGUGUUAAAUUAAUUCUUAAAGGUAAUUUAAAAUAUGUUAAAAUUGCAUAGAUUAAUACAUUUCAAUAAUUACUGAUUUUUCAAUGAUAAUUAUAGAUGAAUAUUUCAAUAAUAACAAGAGUACUGUUAUACAAGCUAAAUUAUCAAGAUUAUCAAAUUUAUUAUUUGAAUCUUUUGAAAAUGUUAUAAUUCAAUUUGUAAAAGAAUCAGCUUUGCAGAACAAUUAUAAAAACUUAUGUAUAUAUGGUCAAUUUAUAAAUACAUUUGAAAUUAUUAGUCCUCAGCAUGCAAUUAAAUUGCUAGGCCUAGGAGAACUUUUGGUAUCUAGAUAUGAUCCAAUUUCCCAAGCUGAAUUUAAAAUACAUCUGUGGACACUUAUUCGACACAUUUCACAAUUAGCCACUAUUAAUAUUCAAUCAAGUAAUCUUAUUAUUGUUUUUUUAUAAUACUUAUUUUAUAUUUGAUAAUUAAUAUGUAUUAUUAAUAAUGGUUUUUAAUUUAGAUUUGUUAACAAGGGCUGUGGAAUUGAGACAGUGGGUCGAACCAUUUUACUUGACAUGUGAAGGUGUUAUGAAUAAUGAUACUAUAGAUCUUGGAUUAGCUUAUUCUUGGAGGAAUGCAAUUAUUGACAAAAAUUCUGUACACACAGAGCUUUAUAGACAAUUUGAACUUUAUAGUUCAUUCUUAAGUAAUAUUUAAUAGUAGUACAUAGUUACUUACAAAUAUUAUUAUGCUAAUAAAACAUCUUAAAUAUAAUUUUUAUCAUUCUAGAUUUAUAUAAUUCUGAAUCUUCACUACAUUGCUAUAAAAAAAUGGAAAUUAAAGAUUCAUUUGAAAAUACAGUAAUUAUAACUAAAUAUUUUUUUUUUUAAUAUAUCUAAUAAAAAUUUACAUAUUGAAAAUAUUUUAGACAUCACCAGAUACAAUAAUGUCUGCAUUAGAAUAUUUUCAAGGUCAGAAUCUUAUAGGUCUUCAUAUAACUGUAACACAAGUCAUGUGUUUGUACCGUACUAUUCUUCAAAAUCAACAAACAUUGGUAAAUUAUUAAGAAAACAAAACUAUAUUAUAAUAAUUAAGAGUUUAAUAAUAAUAUGCUUGUAUAUUUCAGGAACUUGAAUUAACUAACAAAGGAAAUGAUCUGAUAAGAAAUAAUGUAAGACAAAUAUUAAAAAGUGUCAUAUAUUCUCGAAAUGUAGACAUGGAUCUAGGUUUAGGCCUUUUAAAUACACUCAAGCCAUAUGAUGCUGUAAAUUGGCUGGAAGUGGCUCUUAAUAAGUAUGCAUUAAUACUAUUGAUCAUAUAAUUUCAAUUUUUUUUUUUUUUUUUUUGAUUUCAAAUAAUAUUUUUUUUUAAAUUCAUAGUGUGGGAAUGAACUAUCAAAAAUUAACAAAUAUCACUGAUUUGGGAUUAGUUUAUGUAAGAUUAAAUCAUGAUACUGCUGGUAGUUUAUUUGAAACUCUUCAAUCUACUAAAAAUAAAUGUAUUUGGGGUAAAAAACUUAUGAAGUAUGGAUUUGCCUUUAAAGGUAUUCAAAUUAAAUUUGAUAUAAUAUAGUAAAUAGUUCAUAGAAACAUAAUUGUAUUAAUAAUAUGAUUAUUGUGAUGAUAUUAUAUGAUAUUACUAUGCAUUUAAUUGUACAUUUUUUAAAUUUCAGAUGCGUUUUAUAGUUCUGAAUUAGAUCAACGACAUCUAUUACAGAAAAUAAUAAGAGCUCCUGAUAUUACAUUAAAUGUUUUAGUAGACUAUUGCAAAGAUACAAAUUUUGAUUUGCAACAAACUAUUAAAUUAUUUUUAGAAAGUUGCUUAACUCAGUGGGAACCAUAUACACCCGAUGAAAAAGAAGAAAAAACAUUUGGUAAAUAUAUUAUAGAAAUUAAUUUGAUACACAGUACAUACAAUUAAUAAAAAUAAUAAAAUCAAAUACUUACCUAGUUUUUUUUUAUAAUUUUAGAUUGGAUAGUUAAAAUAAUUGAAGCUAAAGAUACUCUACUCAAGAAAUGUGAAGACAUUUUUAAUAUUAUCACAGAUACAACUGAUAUAUUAGAUUAUCUUUGGAAUUAUGUUUGGGAUCAAGUAAAACAACUUCUAAUUUUGUCCUUUUUUUUUCAUUUUUAAUAAAUUAUAUUCGACCAGUAAUAAUUUGUUAAGUAAUAGUCAAUUCCCACCUAAUGUUAUAUAGUAUAAACUAUAUUAUUAUAUAAUAUAAUAUACCCAUAAUACUACAUUGUGUAAAAAUAAUCCACUUAGAAAUAUUCAAAAUAUUUAGCUAUGGAAUAAAUUGUAUAUGUUGCAUUCACUUGAUAAAAUUAUGUAUAAUAACAUGACAUUUUUUUUUUUUUUUAAAUUUAUAAUAAACACUAAAUAUUUUAUUUCAUAAAGAGGGUAGUAAUUUGAUUAAAAAAAAAAAUCAUAACACAAUAUCAAAUUUUAGUAUCUAUUUCAUAAAUAUAUAUCCACUUCAAAGCCAUUUUUAAAUAUUCACUAAACGGAAAUAAAUGAUUUUCGUUCAUGAACUGGAUAACUUUUCAUGAAAUGCACAAUUUCAUCAAAUGAAUGCAACGUAUACAUUUAUAAUGUGUAUAUAUGUUUUAAAUGUAAUAUUUUUGUAAAUUUAGGUGAAUAUUUACAAUUAUGAAGUUUUUUUGGUUAUUGUGAGUUUAAUUGAAAAAUAUGAAACAAAUUCUGGUUUAAAAUUUAAUGUUCAAAAAGAGAUUUUGUUAUUCUUAAUACAAUACAAAAGAAUUAGUGUACCUGAAGAACACGAACAAGAAAUAUGGUUUGCCAUGUUUCAAGAAUCACCAUCAUUACCUCCUAUUUCUAAAUACCGAUUACCAUAUGUUCCACUAACAAAUAAAAAACGAAAAUUUGGACAACGUGAAUUGCAUGUUUGGAAAAUUAUAAAACCAGAAUUGACAUUUUCUACAUAUAAUAAAUGGUUUUCAAUAAUUGAAGCUAUUGGAAUGGAUAAGGAUACGUUGUGUAUUUUUACUGUAAAAAAUAUGGUAAGAAUAACAUAAUAAAAAAUAAAUAAUGAAUUACUAAAUUUUUAAUGUUUUAGAUUAAUGAGGUUGCCAUCAAGAAUAAAAACACUACAGAAUGGUAUUUACAUAUGCGCUUAGAAUCGUUAUUAAAGGAUAUUCAAAUUGUAUUAAGUAAUGUGAAAAACUUAGAAGUGGUUGCUGCCUCACUUUAUUUUGUUGUUAAUAGUUUACCUCUAGGUAUUGAUUAUAUUUAUAAUUAAAUGAUAAUAUAAAUGUAAAAUUAUUUUAUGUAACAUGUAAAUUAUUUUUAGGUGCUGAUCAAUUGGCAGCAGCUAAAAUUUGUCAUUCUCAAGCUCAAGAAUGGGUUAAAUUAGAAAAUUCAGAAAACGCCAAGUCUGGUAUUACAAAAGUAUGGAAUUCAAAUAAUAUAAGUAAAUAAUCCAAACAAAAAAUUACUGUUUUUUUUUUAAUUUAAGGUUAUUACAAAAUAUGUCUUGACAACAACUAAACAUAUAUUACACAUGUAUGGAUUUGGCAAACCAAAUUAUUUACAAUUAGCAUUGCAACCAAAUGAAUUAAUCCGAGAACUUUAUAAUGAUCCCAUAAUAUUAAAAAGACACACGGGUGAAAUCAAAUCAUUUCCUGGUAAACCUUAGUAUUAUUAAUAUUGAGUCUAUCAAGUAUUAUUGUACUUAGGUAUAAUUUAUUGAUUUUUAUAAAUAUUGUAUAAUGCAUUUUGUAGAUAUUAAUGGGGCAGUAGACGCAAUAGUAGAGGUCCAUGGUAAAGGAGGCUUAGCACUUAAAGUAGACCUUCUAAAAGAAUGGUUACAACCUUCGUCAUUAGGAUCACUUAGUUCUCCUAAUAAAAGUUCAAUAAUGUCAAUAACCAGUUCAUUUUAUGGAAUUCAAGAAAAUCCAACAAUCAGUGAAGGUGUUUUAAGGUAAACAUUAUUUAAAUUUUAAUUAAGCUGUAAAAUAAUAAUUAAUUUAAACAAAGUAUUAAUCAUAACAUUAUGUUUAGGGCGUGCUACAUAUUAGAAAAUGAUACACCUGCAUAUAAUUUACAUAAUUUCCUUAUUUGUCAAGCUUACAAUGAGGAUGACAGUGAUUCUAUGUGUCCAACAAGUGUGCGACUAAAAGCAUUGCAAUGUUUGUGUUUAGCUAAAACUAAAAAUAUAGAAGAAAUUACAUGUCGUACAAAAGAAAUGAUGAAGUAAGGAAAAUGUAUUUUUAUUUAAUAUUUUAUUACAAUUGGUUUGUUGUAUACUAUUAGAAACAAUUUGGUUGAAUUAUCAAUAAUUACUGAAUUGGAAACUCUUGGAAUCGAUUUUUCUCCAGUCAAAUAUCGUGGAUGUGAUAAAUCUAAAUUAGUCCAAUCAUUGUUGUCAAGAAGAUCGCUGAGUGCAACUAAAUUAGCUUCACAUUUAUUUGUUCUAUAUUCAGAUGCUAUGAAUCCCUCUGCUUGGGAUAAACUACUAACUGGACUAAUUAGUUUUACAAUAAUUAAUGAAUUAGAAAAAGUACUUAUCCAUUUGAUGGAUAAAUGGCAUCAAUUGACAUUUGAAAUAGUAGAAAAAGCAUGGAAUGUUUUAAUUAACUCAUCUUUUAAUAGUGGUAUAUUUUAACAUUUUUCAGUAUUAAUAAUAAUAUAGGAUUAUGUUCUACAGUUAAUUUUUUUUUCAGCUAAAGAUUCUUAUGAAGUUAUACGUUGUGUUAAAUUAGUGUUCAGUUGUCCAGUCAUAGCUAGUGUCGAUCUGAAACAAAUUAUCAAACACUGUGAACAAUACCAACUUGAUCAUUAUGUGGAAAAAUUAAAACACUUAAGUUAA